UUGACGUCACACAUUCACUCCUUUGCACCGCGCGCUGCCAUAGAGCCGCAGUACAGAGCCAGGCGCCGAGAGACAGACAGCUUGAAUUAACAGCAGCCGACUCGAACACUUCCUUUAAGCGCUAUUGAAAAUUUGGAAAUCAAACCUGCGAGGAAACCGUGGUUCAAAAACCAAAACCCGGUGAAUCCUCGCGGCAAACGAGACACCUUUCAACUCAGCGGAAGAGAGGCUUAGGUGAGUGGUCACCAUGGCACCCUUCCUGCGUAUCACCUUCAAUGCUUAUGACAUUGGCGUUCUGCCUCCUCUGUCUGAUCCUCCCAUCUGCGCCAUCAAGAUGAAGGAGUCUGUCAACACAGAGCGAGGAAAGACCUUGGUCCAGAGGAAGCCCACCAUGUAUCCAGCCUGGAAGUCCACUUUUGAUGCUCACAUUUACGAGGGACGUGUCAUAGAAGUGGUCCUCAUGCAGAGCGCUGAGGAGCCAUUGGCCAAGGCCACAGUGGGAGUGUCUGUACUGGCAGAACGCUGUAAGAAGUCCAAGACCAGCAACCGUGCUGAGUUCUGGUUGGACAUGCAUCCUUCAGGGAAGGUCCAGAUGGCUGUACAGUUCUUCCUGGAGGACACUGAUGCAGCGUCGUGUCAGCCAUCAGUGAAGGUUUCUCCUGAGGAUGGAGUCACGACCCUCAACAGGAGGAGAGGAGCUUUUAAGCAGCCCAAGGUUCACUUUAUCAAGAACCAUGAGUUCACCGCCACCUUCUUCGGCACGCCCACUUUCUGCUCUGUCUGCAGAGAGUUCGUCUGGGGCCUGAACAAGCAAGGUUACAAGUGCAGACAAUGCAAUGCGGCAAUCCACAAGAAAUGUAUCGACAAAAUCAUCGGCAGGUGCACUGGGUCAGCGACCAACAGUCGUGAAACUGUGUUCCAGAAAGAGCGCUUCAAGAUUGAUAUGCCGCAUCGCUUCAAACAACAUAACUAUAAGAGCCCCACUUUCUGUGACCACUGUGGCAGUCUGCUCUGGGGUCUCUACAAACAGGGCCUUAAAUGUGAAGACUGUGCCAUGAACGUACACAGUUACUGUCAGAAGAAAGUGGCCAAUCUGUGUGGAAUUAACCAGAAACUACUGGCAGAGGCUCUGUCUCAAAUCAGCCAGAAAUCUAUGAAGAAGUCUGAUGACUCCAAUAAAGCAGAUAUUGGGAUCUAUCAAGAAAUCAGUAAUGCAACAGCAGACCCUAGUGCAGAUGAGGGCGUGAGCCCAACCCCAGCUGCAGCUACAGUUCCCCAGGUACGCCUCAGCAUGAACCACCUGGUAUUCCACAAGGUGCUGGGAAAAGGCAGCUUUGGCAAGGUGCUGCUGGCAGAGCUGAAAGGGCAGGGCCAGUACUUUGCUGUGAAGGUUCUGAAGAAGGAUGUCGUUCUCAUGGAAGACGAUGUGGAGUGCACCAUGGUGGAGAAGAGAGUCUUGGCCCUCGCCUGGGAGAACCCCUUCCUCACACACCUCUACUCCACAUUCCAGUCUAGAGAGCACCUCUUCUUUGUAAUGGAGUACCUGAAUGGAGGCGACUUGAUGUUCCACAUCCAAGACAAAGGCCGCUUCGAUCUCAACAGAGCCACAUUCUAUGCUGCUGAGAUAAUCGUAGGACUGCAGUUCCUCCACUCAAAAGGAGUUGUCUACAGAGACCUGAAGCUGGACAACGUGAUGCUGGACAAGGACGGACACAUAAAGAUAGCAGACUUUGGCAUGUGCAAAGAGCGUAUGUUUGGGGACGCCAGAGCCACCACAUUUUGUGGGACACCAGACUAUAUCGCACCAGAGAUCCUGCUAGGACAGAAGUACACCUUCUCAGUGGACUGGUGGUCUUUUGGUGUGCUGGUGUACGAGAUGCUGAUCGGUCAGUCACCUUUCCAAGGUGACGAUGAGGAUGAGCUGUUUGAGUCCAUCAGGCACGACACCCCUCACUACCCUCGGUGGUUAACCAAGGAGGCCAAGAACCUAAUUGAACUGUUGUUUGAGCGAGAGCCCAGUCGCAGGUUGGGUGUGGUGGGAGACGUCCGUGCCCAUCCAUUCUUCAAAACCAUCAACUGGACAGUACUGGAGAAAAGAGAACUGGACCCUCCUUUUAAGCCCAAAGUGAAAUCCCCCAGUGACUGCAGCAACUUUGACCGAGAGUUCCUGAGCGAGAAGCCGCGGCUCUCCCACGCCGACAAGAACCUCAUUGAUUCCAUGGACCAGGCAGCAUUCGCUGGCUUUUCCUUCAUCAACCCCAAACUGGAAAACAUGAUAAGCAAAUGAAAAAAGAAAAUGGCUUCUCUGGAAACACACACUUAGCCCAGCAUUUUGAAAUAGCUCUUAUCAUGUUCCUUUUAUCUUCAUAUGGUCUAAGUUCAACUGAAUGGAUAACAAGAACCUAAAAAGAUUUGGCUGUGACUUCUUCAGUUCCUCUAUCAGAGGAUGAGGGA